AUGGAUAAUCUGGAUCAUAAAGAUGAAAUAACAUCAUUGCAAAAUUCACUCCGAAUAAUUAAAAAGAGGGCAAGUCAAAAUGAAGGUCCAAAUGCAGAUCGGAUUUCACGUCCUGAACAUUGUAAUACUGAAGUGGAUCAAACAUCGAAUGAUAAAAUAAAGGAAAGGCGGAGACGUUUAAAAAAAAGAAGAAAGGAAAAAAAAAGAUUACUCAAGCUAAGCAGACAAGUGCCACUAUCACAUUUUCAUCAUCCACCUCCUCCAAGCUUAUUUCAAUCUCUACCACCAGAAAGGUUUGAUUCAAGACCAAAUGUUAUUAGAAACGAUUAUGGCACUGAUAGCAGAAAUAAUAAUUAUAUUGUACGAGAAUCAAACUUUAGAGAUCGCAGAAAUGAUGAUUAUAUUAUACGAGAACCAAACUUCAGAGAUCGUAGGAAUGAUGAUUAUAUUUUACGAGAACCUAACUUCAGAGAUCGUAGAAAUGAUGAUUAUAUUGUACGAGAACCUAACUUCAGAGAUCGUAGAAAUGAUUAUAUUGUACGAGAACCUAACUUUAGAGAUCGCAGAAAUGAUGUUUAUGUUUUACAAGAACCAAAAGUUAAAGAUCGCAGAAAUGAUGAUUAUAUUGAAAGAGAACCAAACUUUAGAGAUCGCAGAAAUAAUGAUUAUAAUGCAAGAGAUCUAAACAGAGAUCAACGGAUUUCAAUGAAAUCAGAUAUUAGUGUCCAACAGAUUAUUACAACCUAUGCUUCGUCGUCAUAUUUAGAGGUGGCAAACGUAGCCUCUGUUAAAUUGGAAAAGCCGUCACAAAAACUUCUGGUAUUAGACUUGAAUGGAACAUUAGUGUACAGGGAUUACAAAAAGAGUAUUGAAAAGCGUCCACAUAUGGAAAAUUUCUUGCGAUAUAUCUUCGAAUCGAAUAGCUUUAUUGUAAUGGUAUGGUCAUCAGCUCAACCCUAUAAUGUUAAUAAAAUGGUUGAUGUUGCAUUUGGUAAUUAUGCAAAAAAAUUGGCUGCUAUAUGGACGAGGGAUGAGUUUAAUUUGUCCCCUGAAGAUUAUAAAAGAAAAGUCGAAACGAUUAAAGAUUUGGAAAUAGUAUGGAAGGAUUUAAACAGUAAAACAUCAACCAUUUCAUCUCAAAUAGUAUGGGAUCAAACCAAUACAAUUUUGAUGGAUGAUUCCUCCACGAAAUCAAGAAUACAGCCUUAUAAUGCCAUUCAUUUGCCUGAAUUUGAAAUGAUAAGAUGUAAAAGUAUGAAUGAUAAUGAUCUGAGUAAUGUUAUCGAAUAUUUAACGAGGCUUCAUAAACAAAGUAAUGUUAGUUCUUAUAUCAAAGAAAAUCCUUACAUCCCUUAUGACAACAAAACUUCCAUUUUUAUUAAAAACGAGCCUGGAAAUAUAAGUAGCUUUUUAGAUUAUACCAAAAACAAGAAACGAAGAAGGUAG